UGGCAGUCACAAUUGUCAAUUUGUCAGUGUCAAAAUCUUUGCGUUUUCGGAUUUUGGUGCACUUGAUUAAGGUCCUGUCACAAUGUCGGAGACUCCAGGGCGCCCUAUGAAAUUCCCUUACACAUUUACCGCUAAAAUAGCGCAAUUUCCCUUGAAAUACUACCUUCAAAACCAAUGGAUUUGGCGCUACUGGUUCAUUGGAAUCGCUGUUGCCUCCCCUGUGUUCUACAAGAUUCACAAGAUGGCUAACUCUCCCGAAAAUGUUGCCAAGUGGGCUGAAAUGAAGAGGAAGGAAGCUGCUGAACAUCAUUAAAACAAGACAUUUUGUACAUUAACGUCUUCAAUUCUUACUUUAUUUAAGGGAUAAUUAAAUCUUGUGCUAGUUA